AUGGCUUCAAUGGAGACUCGACAAUCGCGACCGAUUUCAUUUUGGUGUUCAAUACGUGUGGCUGUUGCCUUUGUUGGAUUUCUAGGCAUGGUAGCACACUAUUCACAGAAGAUUAGUGUUGGUAUUGCUCUUGUUUGCAUGGUCAAUCAUACAGCAAUCAAUCAACAUAAAUACAGUCAUGCAAUACCACUAACACAAGCUGACAUUGACUGUCCACGCGCAAAUAAUACUGUGAAGAUUGAAGGUCCAUAUCCAUGGACCAAAAAUAUUCAAGGUAUUGUUCUCGGAGGUUAUUUCUGGGGUUAUUUGAUUACUGAGAUACCCGGUGGUUAUUUGGCUAGUCGAUUCGGUGCACGUUUUAUUUUUGGUAUAGCAAUGAUUAUUUCGGGUCUUGUCACGAUAAUCAUGCCAUGGGGUGCAAGUUUACACUAUGGAGUUCUGUGGUUUUUUCGAUUAAUUGUCGGUCUUGCACAUGGUGUCAUUUGGCCAAGUAUGACUGUCAUCAUGGCACACUGGGCACCGCCUAGUGAAAGAGGCAAACUUGUUGGUUUUAUGAAUGCUGGUGCUCAAAUUGGUAAUGUUUUAACUUUGUCGAUUGGUGGAUUGAUGUGUUCAUGGAAUUUUCUUGGUGGUUGGCCAUUGAUUUUCUAUACCACUGGUAUUAUUGGUCUGAUCUGGGGUGUUUUUUGGUUAUUAUUCUAUACUGACUCACCUCGUGACCAACGUUGCAUAAGCAACGAUGAAAAAGAAUAUAUUCUUGAAAGUACUCAACAACAAUUAUCGAGUCAUAGCAAAAAUGAAUUCGAAGCGCCGUGGAAAGCUAUUUUAACAUCGCCGGCGUGUUGGGCGUUGUUUAUCAUUCAUACAUGCAACAAUUGGGGAACAUACACGUUUCUUACAUCCAUACCAAAAUAUAUGGCUGAAGUGCUAAGAUUUGAUAUAAAAUCAAAUGGUUUACUUUCGUCAUUACCAUACAUGAUUUUCUGGCUUAACAUCAAUAUAUCCGGUGUAUUAGCUGAUCUUUGUAUUCGAAAGAAGAUUUUAACGCGAACACAAACACGAAAAUUCUUCAAUGUCCUAGGAAACUUAUUUCCAGCUAUAUUUGUCAUUGGUUUAGCAUUUAUGACUUGUAAACUGAAAUAUGUUGCUGUAGCUUUAUUAACUAUUGGUGUCACAUUCACAGGAUGCUGCUACGGUGGAGGUUUUAUGCUAACUGCUAAUGAUAUUGCUCCAGCUUAUGCAGGAAUCGUUUUUGGUAUUUCGAAUACAUUCGCGACUAUUCCAGGAAUUAUUAGUCCUUAUAUCGUUGGAGCUCUAACAGAAAAGGAUCCGAAUAAUUGGCGAAUCGUAUUUUUUAUCUGUGCAGCAAUCUAUAUACUUGGGAUGAUCGUAUUCUUAAUCAUCGGAUCAGGUGAAAUUCAACCAUGGGCAGUGAAGCAUGCAGUGGCACCAGUACCCGAACAAGUCCCUCUAGCAGGACCAAGCACAACUUCAUCAUUGAAACCAACACCAACUUGA